UCUCUUUCCUUCGAAAUUGUGAAAUGGAAAUAAAGAUUCAGUUUAAGAGGCUGACGUUUUUGGUUUAUUUCAAUUUUUAAUUUUCUGCAAUUUUUUUAAUUAAAUUUAGUGGUUGAGUGGCAAAAACCGGACGAGCGGCUCAAUCGGCUCGAACGGUUAACCGCCUCGGCCGCUCUUCAACCGCUACAUAAAACCGGAGCGGCUUUUAGACUGUUUCGAGCCGAUUUUGUGAUCGGCUGACGGCUUUACCGGUCGGGCCGAACGGCUCGGCUCGGCUUUAAUAACACUGGAAAAUCUUCUUACUUAAUUAAUCAUUAAGCUCAUCUAAUAAAUUAACAAUUAAUUCAGAAUGACCACAUCGACCAGAGAAGGAAACAAAUAAUUCAUCUAAUAAAUUAACAAUAAUUCUGAAUAUUUUGUUCCCCAAUCUUCUAUAUCUUAUUCUUACGUUAUUGCUUUGGUCAUCUCUUGGAGAGAGAGAGAGAGAGAGAGAGAGAGAGAGCAAACAUUGUUAAAGACCCCCCAUUUCCUCGUCAAUCCUCCAUUGUCAACUUGGACUUGAAUCAAAUCAAGGCCGAGGAGAGGAAUUAUCAAAGACUUUGAACAGAAAAUUAUACCUCAGAGUCUCCAAUAUUCCGUUUUCACAAGACGCCGGCGCCCGGCCGGCAGGUGGAGACGGCCCUCCUGCCGGUCAAACCAAACCAAUAAUCACAAUGCAUGACGCCCGCCCGCCGGUGAAAAGCGAAAAUGUCUCCGUUACACAAAAAAAAAAAAAAAACGAACCGCCGUAUGUAUGAACAAGCCCAGCUGACCACCAGAUUUACAUAAAUGGAAAUUCAUUUUGGAAGUCUAAAACAAACCGUCUGCCUUAGAUGCGAUCGUUCCUUUGUUUGCUUAUUUACGUUGACUUUUGCCAUAUGAUGGUGAACACGUCGUGAUGUUUCAAUUAAAAAAAAAAGUCUUUUUUUAUAGAAUUCUCGUCAAGAGAAUAUACCAUAAUUAUUUCCCUUUUUAGAACGGGGACGUUUGGGGAUUCAUGUCUUUUGUUACAUAGGAAUACAAAUUUGUUCGGAAUCAAAUAGUUAUUACAUAGCUCAAUGUCGUAGCUGCUCAAUGAUUGAUCUAUCGAUAAAAAGGCUUUUUGUGCUACAAAAAUGACAUUAAUGUUAAAACGAUAUGGAACAAUAAAUAAGAAUGAAAUUGAAGUAUAUUAAGGCUAUCCCACUUCCGAGGCGGAACGUGGAUGAUAAACUUAUCUGGCAUAACACUGCUGAUGGGGUGUUCUCGGUUAAGACGGCUUAUCAUCUGGCAGUUGAGCUUCACAGGAGGAGGGGGGGGGGGGUGGCGGGAGUCGGUGAGUUGGAGGGAUAGGAAAAGCUGGAUCCGGUUGUGGGAAGCUAAGAUCCCUCCAAAGCUUAAAUUAAGUCUUUGUCUGGCAAAUUUUUAAUCGGGCCGCCAACCACAGAGGCGCUCAUUGAAAAGAAGGUUCCCCUGCUGCCCCGGUGUCCGGUUUGCUGGGAGGCCCCCGAGUCGAUGGAGCACUUGUUUCUCUACUGCCCGGUGGCGCGGGCCCUCUGGGACUACUCGGGGUUGGAUUAUUUAGGGGAGGCUUUGCCACGGCACACGUUUCCUCUGUUUCUAAAGCGGAUGCUCUCCCUUGUCCAUGAUUCGUCGCUGUUUAUGGCAAUGGUUGCCAUACUCUGGCGGAUCUGGCGGUCGCGAAACUGGGUUGUCUUUGAAGGCAAACAGUUUGGGAUCCGGCUUUAAUGCGCCAAUUUCACCAGCAAUAUGAGGAAUGGGUGGGGCUGCCGGUUGACCAGCAGCCAAGGAUGUCUUUCCAGGUGGUCCAUCCUGGGACCCGUGUGGAUGACUCUCGGUUGGUUUGCAUGUGGGACGGGGCAACUAGGAGGGGGUCACACUCGGCUGGUGGAAUGGUUCUUUAUGGUCCGGGUAGGACGGUCAUUCGGGCUAAAGCUGUGCAAUUUGCACGAAUAGAUGAGCCGAUGGUGGUGGAGCUGCUAGUGCUGCGUGAGGCUAUCACUUGGUGUUUAGAGUGGGGUUUGGCUGAUGUUCGGUUCGAGGGGGAUGCGAAGGUCAUUAUUGACAAGAUUAAUCAAGCCGAUUCGCGCGGCAAUCACUUGGGGGCAGUCCUGGAAGACAUUUGUCAAUAUUUUGCUGCCCAUCCAGGGUUUAGUGUGCGGUUUGUAGGUCGAGAUAACAAUAGGGUAGCUCAUUCGGUAGCUAGAAAAGCCCUCUCUUUGUACCCGAAUGGGAAUCGCUUGUUUGAUUUCAGAGUCUGGCUGCUUUCCAGAAUGUAACUAUCUUGCUUGAUUGGAGUGAUAUAUGAUAUCUUUUGGAAAAAGAAAAAAAAAGUAAUAACAUAGUCGCCGAACAACUUAAUCACAUUGGUUUUGCUAGCGCUAUUCACUACGGGAAAAGUGGGUUUAUGCAACACUUGUUGUGCAACACUUUUUAAAAGUGUUACAUAAAAUAUACAUAUGCAACACUUAAGUUAUGUGUCGCAUAAUAUAUAUCUUAUACAACACAAAUUACCAACACUAUUUUUUUUUUUGUUACAUAUACCUAACAAUAUGCAACACUUGAGCAAUAAAAUAAAUUAUGUUGU